GGGGCCGCCAGAGCCGUGCACCUGCUCCUCACCCGGGGUUCCUGCAGUGGGGCCAGGAGCCACGCGAACGUCACUGGGAUGUGUCAUCCCCUCGGCUGGGGCAGGGACAGGGACGGGUGUCCCUGGGGGCGUGGAGGGGCACACCUCCACGGCCAGCCCCAGGGAGCAGUGCAUGAGCAGGACCAGCAACAGGAGGGUCACAGGACUGCCCUGAAGAGAAGAGCACAGCCACAGACGGGCUCAAGGGAAGCGAUGAAGACGAACGUGCGCCAAAGUCCAGUGUGAAAGAGAAAAUCAGCAGUUCUCUCGCAGCCAUGAGCCAGCCCACCCCGGCCACCACGGAGCCGCCCGCGCUGCCGGGGGAGACAAAGGCGGUCUUUGGGGUGGCAGACAUCAUCGUGGUGGUCUUUUACUUCGUCUUUGUCCUCGCUGUUGGGAUAUGGUCGUCGAUACGGGCAAGCCGGGGAACCAUUGGAGGUUAUUUCCUUGCUGGACGAUCCAUGACCUGGUGGCCUAUCGGAGCAUCUUUGAUGUCCAGCAACGUGGGCAGUGGCUUACUCAUUGGCCUGGCAGGCACUGGAGCAGCUGGGGGCCUUGCUGUUGGGGGCUUUGAGUGGAAUGCUACCUGGGCACUUCUGGCUCUUGGCUGGAUCUUUGUGCCUGUUUACAUUGCAGCUGGAGUGGUCACCAUGCCUGAGUACUUGCAGAAGAGAUUUGGAGGGCAGAGGAUACAAAUCUACAUGUCUGUACUGUCCCUCAUUCUCUAUAUAUUCACCAAGAUAUCCACAGACAUUUUUUCUGGAGCAUUGUUCAUCCAAAUCUCUUUGGGCUGGAACCUCUACUUGUCCACUGUAGUCUUGCUAGCGGUGACUGCCGUCUACACCAUAGCUGGUGGUUUAACAGCUGUGAUAUACACAGAUGCGCUGCAGACCCUGAUCAUGAUACUGGGAGCUUUGGUCCUCAUGUUCAUAGGAUUUGAAAAAGUUGGCUGGUAUGAAGGCCUGAAGGAGAAAUACAGCACAGCGAUUCCAAAGGUCAUAGUCCCAAACACGACCUGUCACCUCCCACGUGCGGAUGCCUUCCAUUUGUUCAGGGACCCAGUCACAGGUGACAUUCCUUGGCCUGGACUUAUAUUUGGCCUCUCCGUGCUGGCUCUUUGGUGCUGGUGCACUGAUCAGGUGAUAGUCCAGAGGUCACUCUCUGCCAAGAACCUCUCCCAUGCCAAAGGUGGAUCAGUGCUGGGAGGAUAUUUGAAAAUCUUCCCUAUGUUUUUCAUCGUCAUGCCAGGGAUGAUCAGCAGAGCUCUUUACCCAGAUGAAGUGGGCUGCGUGGACCCAGACAUCUGUAGAAGGGUCUGUGGAGCAGCAGUGGGUUGUUCCAACAUUGCCUACCCCAAACUUGUGAUUGAGCUCAUGCCUGAUGGGCUCCGGGGUUUGAUGAUUGCCGUGAUGAUGGCAGCCUUGAUGAGUUCCCUCACCUCCAUUUUCAACAGCAGCAGCACUCUCUUUGUUAUAGACAUCUGGCAGCGGAUCCGCAAACAGGCUUCAGAGCAGGAGCUGAUGAUUGUGGGCAGAGUCUUUAUCCUCAUCCUGGUAGUCAUCAGUAUUCUCUGGAUCCCCAUCAUUCAGUCAGCCAACAGUGGCCAGCUCUUUGACUACAUUCAGUCUAUAACCAGCUACCUGGCUCCACCGAUCACAGCUCUCUUUAUCUUGGCAAUCUUCUGCAAGAGAAUUAAUGAGCCGGGUGCUUUCUGGGGCCUUGUGGUUGGGCUGGCUAUUGGACUCGUUCGGAUGAUCAUCGAGUUUAUUUAUAGCACACCGUCUUGCGGUGAGGAGGACAGAAGACCAGCUGUGCUAAAGGACUUGCACUACCUCUACUUUGCGCUCAUCCUCUGCGUCCUCACUGCCAUUGUCAUUGUCGUUGUUAGUCUCUGCACCCCCCCAAUCCCUGAAGAAAAGCUCGCUUGCCUGACAUGGUGGACAAGGCACAAAAAAUCACCUGACAUUGACCUGAGAAAUUACAAGAGCGAAUCAGCGCAGAUGAACUCAGCCAAUGGAGAGGGCGACAUGCUUGAAAGUGCAGAUUUGGGCAAUAAGGAGGAGGAAGCACCCAGGCCUCCCUGGUGGAAAAUGCUCUACCUGUGGUUCUGUGGCCUGUCUCCUGGCCCCACGCGCACCCUGUCCCAGGAGGAGAAGGCCGCCCUGGAGCGGAGACUCACCAGCAUCGAGGAAAAGCCCCUGUGGAGGACUGUUUGCAAUGUUAACGCUGUUCUCCUGCUGACCAUUAAUGUCUUUCUGUGGGGAUAUUUUGGCUGAGGUGGGGUGAGGCGGCAGCACAUGGCUUUGGUUUCUCUCAGGGCUUUUCAACUUCAUGUCCAAGCUGGAGGUGUCAGGUGAAAGAGGUUCUGGUGAUGGUCCCCGUGGUGCUGGCAUGCCUGGGGUGGCUGUCCCCAGAGGCCCUGCUUGCUGGAAAUGCCUGCGGGGCUCAGGUUGGUCCAUGACUAAGACAAGGUGUGACUGAGACUCACAACCGGUCGCAUCCAGGAUGUGUGGGUCAAGCCAAGAGGCCUGGGGGCAGCUUUAAAAGGUGCAGAGCCGAGCCUGGCAGAGGGCAAGGGCUCUGGAAAAACCUGGCUGUGGUGCUCGCUGCCCUCCUGCGACCUGACUUUGCUUGCAGGAGAAGGACUCCUGGUUUACACUGGUGUGAAGCACUACCACAGGUUUCUGUAUGGCCGAAUUGAGACAGGGUUAGCGUGGAGCACUGGCUUAGCUCAGCAGCAACAACCCAUGCUCCUGCAGCCCCCCAGGACCUGUGCUGGACCCCCCCAGCUGGCACUGGCAGCAGGGACGGGGUCCCCCACCAGCCCCCUGGUCUUCCCGCUCGCAGCACGAGCCUGUUUGCUCACCGCACCAAUCCUGCCCUUUAACAGCAUUACAGCAAUAAAAGUGCCUCAGUAACAAAGCCAA